AAUGCAAGAUGGCCCCUCAUAUAAAAACAGUCUACUGGGUCGCCGUCACAGCACCACAAAAUAACUCUUUAUAUUUAAUUAGGUUGAAAUAUUCAUCGGCUAAGAGUUCUGCAGGUUGACGUAAGCUACAAAUUGAUAUAUGUGUGGUACUUGGUAAUUUUUGAUGGCGGAAGAUAUCCGGGAGGCAAGAGCGACAACUUUGAAGGCAUGAAUUGUGAACUCUUCUUCUUGGUUCGACACACUUGGGGCGGUCAGUAGCACAUCCACACACGGUCGGGCCUCGACUCGCUAACGUUAGCUGCUAACUAGCUCAUGAUUUCGCCUGCUAUUAUUCGCCACAUUGGAACCAUUCCACACCGAUCGUGUUGAGUUACUAGCUUCUGCUUGAAUGUGGGACGGGAAGAACGAAAGGACUGCUGAACAUGGCUGUAACAAGACUUGAUCGUUUGUUCAUCCUACUUGACACUGGAACAACACCAGUAACCAGGAAAGCAGCAGCCCAGCAGCUGGGAGAAGUGGUGAAACUACAUCCGCAUGAACUGAACAAUCUGUUAGCAAAGGUCUUGACCUACCUAAGGAGUCCAAACUGGGACACUCGUAUUGCGGCUGGCCAAGCCGUAGAGGCUAUUGUGAAAAAUAUUCCGGAGUGGAAUCCUGCGCCAAACCCUAAAGAAGAGUCUUUAUCGCCAGAAGAGCCAUCUUGUGACAGGCUGAGUUUCUACCAUUUCGACAUUUCCCGCCUACUCAAACAUGGAGCAUCUCUUUUGGGAUCUGCUGGAGUGGAGUUUGAAUUGCAGGAUGACAAAAUGUGUGAAAUGGACCCAAAAGAACGUCUGGCCUGUCAAAGAAAGCUUCUUCAGAAGAAACUGGGACUUGACAUAGGUGCUGCAAUUGGUAUGGACACAGAGGAGCUAUUUAAUGAUGAGGACCUCGACUAUACAUGUUCAUCCAGUGGGUCUCGACCACAAGGAAGCAAGAUAACCGCAGGAUCCACCUCCCGUAACCAUGUCCCUAUUCAAGCUGCAGAAUUGAUAGACUCGGAAUUCCGGCCAGGCAUGAGCAAUCGCCAGAAGAAUAAGGCAAAAAGACUAGCAAAGCUAGUUGCAAAACAAAAAUCCAGGGACUUGGAUCCAAAUGAAAAAAGUAAUGACAGUUUUGAAGGCGAGCCUGAAGAGAAGCGAAGGAAGACCACCAGCAUGGUUAUUGACCAGCCAGCAUCAGAGCAAAAAGUAUUAUUUAACAAAGUUACAGAUAACGCCGGUCUUUCAGAGGAGACACAAGAGUGGCCCUUGGAAAGCUUCAGUGAAGAGCUUUGCAAUGACCUCUUUAAUCCUUCUUGGGAGAUCCGUCAUGGUGCAGGCACUGGUCUUAGAGAAAUCCUUAAGUGCCAUGGCGCAGGAGGUGGCAAACUUGUGGGAAGCACUGCAGAGCAGAUGAUGCGGCAGCAUGAAGAGUGGAUACAAGACCUCGUCAUCCGUUUGCUGUGUGUAUUCGCUCUGGAUCGUUUUGGAGACUUUGUGUCUGAUGAGGUAGUGGCACCUGUCCGGGAGACGUGUGCUCAGACACUUGGUGUUGCUCUUCGCUACAUGAGUGAGACGGGUGUGUCUAUGACAGUUGAUGUCCUGCUGAAGCUGCUCAAAGAAGACCAGUGGGAGGUCCGUCAUGGAGGCCUGCUUGGAAUCAAAUAUGCUCUUGCUGUCCGACAGGACCUAAUCUCCAUUUUGCUCCCACGCCUGCUACCUGCCAUCACCUUGGGUCUUCAGGACCUUGAUGAUGAUGUCAGGGCUGUGGCUGCUGCAGCACUCAUCCCUGUGGUAGAAGGCUUAGUACAGAUACUGCCCAAUAAGGUACCAUUCAUCAUAAACACAUUGUGGGAUGCUCUUUUGGAUCUGGAUGAUCUCACUGCUUCCACCAACAGCAUCAUGACGUUGUUAUCGUCCCUGCUCACCUACCCGCAGGUUCGACAGUGCAGUAUGCAGCAGUCAUUAACAGUGCUGGUCCCCCGGGUCUGGCCCUUCUUGAGACAUACAAUAUCAUCAGUGAGACGGGCAGCACUAGAAACACUUUACACACUGCUGUCUAAAUCUGACCAGAAGUGUGCAUUAUGGAUCAAUCCUAUCAUGCAAGAUAUGCUUCGCCACAUUUUCCAGUCUUGCAUACUAGAAAGCAAUGAGGAAAUUCUAGAACUCAUACAAAAGGUAUGGACAGAGCUUCUCUCACAGGCCCCGCAACAGUAUGUGGUAGCAGCCAGCUGUCCGUGGAUGGGUGCCUGGCUUUGUCUCAUGAUGCAGGCCUCGCACAUUCCCAUUGACCUCAACAUGUUGCUUGAAGCGAAAGCCCGCUCCAAGGAUAAAGCUGGUUCAAAGGCACGCCAAGCGACCAACCAGGUAAAGGAAACAGUCCAGAAGUAUAUAGCUGGGUCAGAGACGGUGACUGAUGACCCAGUAUCGAGGGACUAUGUGGUGAUCCGUGCUCGGCUCAUGGCUGCCAAAUUGCUCGGAGCCCUGUGUAGGUGUAUCUGUGACCCUCACCUCAAUGCUGCAACUCAGGAGAUCCGUCCAGCUGAGUCGCUGGGUCAGUUGUUGCUCUUUCACCUCAAUUCAAAGUCUGCACUGCAACGAAUAGCUGUAGCUCUUGUACUCUGUGAGUGGGCUGCUCUUCAAAAGGAUUGCCAGAUGGUGUCCAGCACGGUGCAGCCUCGUCUUCUCGCCAUUCUAUCAGAGCACUUGUAUUACGAUGAGAUUGCCAUUCCUUUCACACGCAUGCAAAAUGAGUGCAAGCAGCUCAUCGCCUUGCUCUCUGAGGCUCACAUAGACAUUCAGGACCGCCUCAAUUGUAGCGUUUUCACCAUUGAUCAAGCCAACGAGCUGUUGACCACCAUCUUCACAGAAUCAACAUCCGGUUUGAAUAUGAAGACAAAACCGGGGCAGGUAUUGGACAGUAAACGGCAGCAGGCACAGGCCACAGUAAUGGAAACCAGUAAUGAAUGGCAGCAGUUGCAUCUCCGGGUUCACAUGUUCACCGCUUGUGCUGUGAUUAACCUCCACGUGCUUCCUGACAAACUCAACCCACUGGUCCGACCUCUGAUGGAGUCCAUCAAACGGGAAGAAAAUACUCUUAUUCAGAGCUAUGCUGCUUCUUUUAUUGCCAAGCUGCUACAGCAGUGUGGCGGACGCUCACCUUGUCCCAAUCCCAAGAUAAUAAAAAACCUCUGUGCCUCAGUCUGUGCGGACUCUUCCGUUACUCCCUCAUCUGCUUGUCCUGUACCCACCCCACUGGACAAUUCUAAAGGCAGUGGUUUGGACAAAGACUGGCCCCAUCAUAUGGUUACCAAAACUCGAGGCAUUAUGACACUGUACCGUCAUCAAAGGGCAGCAUUUGCAAUCACAAGUAAAAGGGGUCCUGUUCCUAAAUCCUCCAAAACUCCCCCUUCUGAUCUUCCUCCCGGCAGCGCAAUUGGCAUAGAGAAUGAUGAGCGAAAGCCGUGUCUCAUUCAAAGAAGAGGGGCAGAGUUUUCCCUUACAACCAUUGCAAGGCACUUUGGCGUUGAUCUCACAAAGUCUCUGCCUUACCUUUGGGAGAACACAGUGGGACCUCUGAGGGCUGUCGUUGAUGAAAAUCAUGAUAUCGAUAGGCAGAUUCAGAUGGAAAGAGGCGAUGUUGCAGCUCAGGAACUGGUAAACUCGCUACAAGUGCUUGAAGUCAUGACUGGAGCCAUGUCCCCUGACCUCAAACCUCUGCUGCUGGAACACCUUCCUCAUCUCUUUACCUGCCUGCAGCAUCCUUACACAGCAGUGCGUCACAUGGCAGCACGGUGUGUUGGUGUACUUAGUAAGAUUUCCAUGCUGGAGACCAUGGAUGUUUUUCUUGAGUGCGUACUACCCUGGUUAGCUGCUAUUCAUGACUGCACCAAACAGGAGGGUGCCAUCGAAGCUUUGGCUUGUGUUAUGGAGCAGUUGGAUGUUGAUAUUGUGCCCUACAUCGUACUGCUGGUAGUACCGGUGUUGGGCCGUAUGAGCGAUCCCAGUGACAGUAUUCGUUUUAUGGCCACGCAGUGCUUUGCUACGCUCAUCCGCCUAUUGCCGCUGGAAGCAGGAAUACCUGACCCUCCUGCCAUGUCUGCCGACCUGAUCCGCCAGAAGGCCAGAGAGCGACGCUUUUUGGAACAGCUGCUAGACAGCAGAAAGUUGGAGAAUUAUGUCAUCCCUGUGCCUAUUAAGGCAGAGUUAAGGAAGUACCAGCAGGAUGGUGUUAAUUGGCUAUCCUUUCUAAACAAGUACAAACUGCAUGGUAUUUUGUGUGAUGACAUGGGCCUCGGCAAGACUCUGCAGUCUAUCUGCAUACUCGCAGGAGAUCACUACCUCAGGGCUCAAGAAUAUGCCAAGACGAAGGCGGCAGACUGCAGCCCUCUUCCGUCACUAGUGGUGUGCCCGCCAACACUGACUGGUCACUGGGUGGAUGAGGUGGGCAAGUUCUGUGCUAGAGAGUACCUCAAUCCUUUGCACUAUACAGGGCCGCCUACAGAGAGAAUGCGUUUACAACACCAAGUGAAAAAACACAAUCUUGUAGUUGCCUCUUACGAUGUUGUUCGAAACGACAUUGACUUUUUUAAAAAUAUCAAAUUCAAUUAUUGUAUUCUUGAUGAAGGUCACAUCAUCAAAAAUGGCAAAACCAAACUUUCUAAAGCUAUUAAACAAUUGGCUGCCAACUUCCGUGUCAUCUUAUCAGGAACUCCAAUUCAGAAUAACGUUCUAGAGCUCUGGUCUCUUUUUGACUUCCUCAUGCCGGGCUUCCUCGGGACGGAGCGCCAGUUCGCCGCACGUUAUGGCAAACCAAUCCUGGCCAGUCGUGACGCCAAAAGUUCUUCACGGGAACAGGAGGCUGGUGUCCUGGCAAUGGAGGCCCUUCAUCGGCAAGUGUUACCCUUCCUCUUGAGAAGAAUGAAAGAGGAUGUGCUACAAGACCUUCCUCCCAAAAUAAUUCAGGACUACUACUGCAACUUGAGUCCUUUGCAGGUUCAGCUUUAUGAAGACUUUGCCAAGUCUCGCGCUAAGGCGAACAUCGACGACAGCAUCUCUGUUACCUCUGCAGAGCAGGAGGAGAAACCCAAACUGAAGGCCACAGGCCAUGUUUUCCAGGCCCUGCAGUACCUGCGCAAGCUGUGCAACCACCCGAGCUUGGUUUUGACACCACAGCAUCCAGAGUACAAACGCGUCACCGAGCAGCUAGCGGGCCAAAACUCCAACCUCCGGGACAUUCAGCAUGCUCCAAAACUCUCUGCACUAAAACAGUUACUCCUUGACUGUGGAGUUGGUGGUGGCGGAGGUUCCGAAGGAAGCACUGAGGCGGUGGUGGCUCAGCAUCGGGUGCUCAUUUUCUGUCAGCUGAAGAGUAUGUUGGAUAUCGUCGAGCAUGACCUCCUGAAACCCAAAAUGCCUGCUGUCACCUACUUGAGACUGGAUGGGAGCGUGCAGGCAGGCCUGCGCCACUCCAUCGUCUCUCGGUUCAACAACGACCCGUCCAUUGAUGUGCUGUUGCUGACCACGCAUGUUGGCGGUCUUGGUCUGAAUUUGACUGGCGCUGAUACGGUGGUGUUUGUGGAACAUGACUGGAACCCUAUGAGGGACCUGCAGGCCAUGGAUCGCGCACACAGGAUAGGCCAGAAACGGGUGGUGAACGUGUAUAGGCUGAUUACUCGGGGCACCCUGGAGGAGAAGAUAAUGGGUCUCCAGAAGUUCAAGAUGAAUAUCGCCAACACCAUCAUCAGCCAGGAGAAUGCAAGCCUACAGAGCAUGGGAACAGACCAGCUCCUCAACCUGUUCACUCUUGACAAGGGUGACCAAGGUGAGAGGGGUGAACAGUCUACUUCAACCUCAGGAAAGGCCUCCAUGAAAUCUGUACUGGACGGUCUAGGAGAGCUCUGGGACCAGCAGCAGUACGACAGCGAGUACAACUUGGACAGUUUCAUGCACUCCCUGCAAUAGUGUCACAUGACCUCACAGCUGGCCAAGCAGGACCUGGUCAGGAUCUUAACAAACCCUGCAAGAACCUGAUGAAUUCAAGUUUCCCUUAUUUAGUGCUAUUCAGUUAAUUCGCUAAGCCCCUUUGUCAAAUGUCUGUAUAGUUUUACACCCCGCAAAUUUUCAGUGAAUUGUGCACCAAACUGUCAACAUUUAUAGUUUCAUCAUUUAGUGUAAAAUUUAACGUAGCUACUACUUUUUAUGGCACACUGCCUUUGUAAUGUAGUGCCACAAACUUAUUUUGCCUUCAUCCUCAGUUACAGAAGCACAACAGUUCAUCUCUGGCAAUCCAAACAACCGUGACAUUUUACCACACUUUGUCUCACCUGACCUAGCACUUCUACUCAGCCACCAAAUGACUCUAUUCUUUUCAGUUGCUCACAACUCUCCGAUGCAGAAAAGACUCAUGUCGAGAACCUCUAAAUGAGUGUACGACCUGAAGAAAAGCCGUUUGCUUAAUACAGUGUCACACUGACUAAAACGUGGUCAGGGGCCAAGUUGAAAAUGGUUUCUGCCAUUUAAGUAUUUAAAUAAAUAGAUAAAAGAGCGAGAAUGGAGUUGUAGAUAUUUCCGUAAUGGUGGAUUUUUGUUUAUGAAAGUGGAAUUGUAAUAAAUUCUACAAACCCUUUGAACCAUGUCACACUAUUGUUUUUUGUUUAAGUAUUUAAAAAGAGUUGCAUUGGUCUCAAUAUUUGUCGUUGACUUGGCAACAGAAUUGAAAGAUGAGAUCAGUUGUGAAAGUAUCAUGUAGUACAUUUAAUUACGUUUGCCCAGAAGGACAAAUAAGCUUAGUAGGCUACUGAGGUUAUUAUGGUGUAGUGUUCUUUUGUAAAGUAUAUUUAAAAACAAAUGCAGCCUGUCUUAAGAUUUUCAUGUAAAUUCAAGUAAAUUUGAACACAAAACAGUGUUCAAGUAAAAUUACAGUUAAAUGUUUUUUUUUUUUAAUGAGAAUUGAUGAGAUC